GGCUGGAAAGAGGACUCGCGGAGAUCAUCCCUGGACAGGGGGGACACGAAGAAGAAGAAGAAGAAGAAGAAGGGCAGCAGUACUCGCUGAAGCCGGACCCGGGUUCGAAUCCGCCCCACUGCUCUGAGCGCGGCUUCACUUCCCAGGAGAAGAAGCUUCUUCGUCUCGCCUCGCAGAGUCUCUUCCGAAGCCGUUUUUGUUCGCUUCUCGGAGGAUCUCAGAAGUUCUCAGCAGGACACCAUGCGGCGCUUUUUCCUCGCGUCUGUCUUCGCGCUGCUCUGUGGCGCCUGUGGCGCGCGGCGCGGGCAGCGCGAGCACGGCGGCGCGUGGGAGGAGGACACGGGGGUCCCUCUUCGCCUCGACCCCCCGACGGCCCCCGGGGAGGAGAAGGAGGACACCCGGCUCUAUCAGGUGGACGCGUUCGGCACGCGCUUCGUGCUCGAGCUGCGCGCGGACCCCAGCGCCCCGCCUCCCGGGCUCGCGCCGCAACGGUGCCUCUUCUCGGGCUCUGUGAACCGGGACCCCCGCUCCGCCGCCGCGCUGCACGUGUGUGACGGGCUCAGGGGGGGCUUCCGGCUGGGCGGGGACGACUACCUGAUCGAACCCAGGACGGUGGGGGGGCGGAGCGACACGCACGUGGUCCGCAGGAGGAGGAGGGCGCACCUGAGUGUCAAAACAUGCGGAGUCCGGGAGGAGGAGGAAGAGCAGAGGGCACCAGGCGGCUCCCCCUUCGCCAGCGCUUCCCCCCCAGGGAGGCGCCUCUCCCGCCGCUCCGUCUCCGCCCCGCGCUUCGUGGAGAUGCUGCUGGUGGCCGACGAGUCCAUGGUCCGUUUCCACGGCGAGCAGCUGCGCUCCUACCUGCUGACGCUGGUCGCCAUGGCGUCGCGAUUCUACCGCCACCCGUCGGUGCGCAACUCCAUCAGCCUGUCGGUGGCGAAGGUGCUGGUGCUGCCGGAGGGCCAGCAGGACCUGAACGUGACGUCCAACGCAGCCCUGAUGCUGCGCACCUUCUGCCAGUGGCAGCAGCAGCACAACCCAGCGAGCGACCGGAACCCGGAGCACUACGACACGGCCAUGCUCUUCACCAGACAGGACCUGUGUGGGUCUCACUCAUGCAACACACUGGGAAUGGCUGAAGUGGGAACCAUCUGUGACCCCAAGAGGAGCUGCGGCAUCAUUCAAGACGAUGGUCUGCAGGCCGGAUUCACUCUGGCUCAUGAGCUUGGGCACGUGCUCAACAUGAUGCACGACGACUCGGCGCACUGCACUGGUAUGAACAGGGUUCCGCACACCUCGCACAUGAUGGCGCCCAUCCUGUCGAACCUGGACCAGCAGCAGCCGUGGUCACCCUGCAGCGCCCUCACGGUCACCUCCUUCCUGGACAGCGGUCACGGCCAGUGUCUGCUGGAUAGACCGCAGGCGCCGCAGCCACUGCCCAAAGCUCUGCCGGGCACAAUGUACGACGCCGAGCGCCAGUGCCAGCUCAGCUUCGGCAAAGGCUCCCGCCACUGCGCAGACCUGGGCGCCGCGUGCGCUGUGCUCUGGUGCACCGUGCCGGGAGACGGCGACCGCAACCAGCUCAUGUGCCAGACCAAGAACUUCCCCUGGGCGGACGGCACCCCCUGCGGCAACGACGGCCGCUGCCUCUCCGGCCGCUGCCUCAGCGACAGGCAGGCCGCCGGCUACAAGACCCCUGUGAACGGCCGCUGGGGUGCCUGGGGUGCCUGGGGGGACUGCUCGCGCUCCUGCGGCGGAGGGGUGCAGUACUCCUUGCGGGAGUGCGACAACCCCACGCCCCGCAACGGGGGCAAGUACUGCGAAGGCAAGAGGAUGCGCUACCGCUCGUGUAACACGCUGCCCUGCCCAAUCGGCACCGGCCUGUCCUUCCGGGAGGAGCAGUGUCUUGCGCACAACGUCAUGUCCUCCACAUCGCCAUUAAUUCCCGGCUCCGGGGUCGAGUGGGUGCCCAAAUACGCCGGCGUCCCCCCGAAGGACCGCUGCAAACUCAUGUGCCGCGCCAAAGGGACAGGCUACUACCUUGUCCUCAACUCCAAGGUGAUGGAUGGAACCCCCUGCAGCCCCGACAGCACCUCGGUGUGCGUUCAAGGCCAGUGUGUAAAGGCCGGUUGUGACCGGGUCAUCGGCUCCGGCCGCAGGUUGGACAGGUGCGGAGUCUGCGGAGGGGACGGAUCCACAUGCGAGAAGGUGUCUGGGCAGAUGGAGCGAGCCAGGCUCGGCUACCAGGACGUGGUCACAGUCCCGGCGGGAGCCACGGAGCUGGAUGUCAAGCAGCGCUCGGAAGCAGGGAAUCGCCCUGACAACAGCUUCCUCGCCGUCCGACGCCAGGACGGCACCUACCUGCUGAACGGCGAGUACCGGCUGGCGCUGCACGAGACGGACGUGACCCUCCAGGGGGCGUUGCUGCGCUACAGCGGCUCGUCAGCUGCCCUCGAACGUCUCCGCAUCUUGGCACCGCUACCCGAACCGCUCACCAUCCAGGUGCUGUCCGUCGGAGACUCGCCACGCCCCCGCAUCAGGUACAGCUAUUUUGCUCCGCUGCCAGCAGGGCGCCGCUCCUCCGCCAACGCCAUCGGGGGGGUGGGCGGGGCGGAGUGGGUGCUGCGCGAAUGGGGCGCCUGCUCACGCAGCUGCGGGGGCGGGGAGCAGAGGCGUGACAUUCUCUGCCUGGACUCUCGCGGCCGUCCGAGCUCAGAGUGCCCUGCCGAGCUACGCCCACCCCUCGCCCGGCCCUGCGCCGCCCAGCCCUGCCCUUCCUGGAGCUUGGGGGCAUGGUCUCCGUGUUCGGCAAGUUGUGGGCGGGGCUUUCGCAGGCGAGCGCUACAGUGCCUCAGCUAUGACGGCCGGUCCCUCGACCACGGGAGCUGCGACGCCAAGAGGCGACCCCAACCCCUGCUAGCCCUCUGCAGCCUGGGCUCCUGUUAGAGGGCCCCACCCACUGUAGGCGGAGUUUGCCCAGGCGCCAGAAAAGGAAGACGACCAGUGUCUCCUGUCCGAGACUGUGCACCAUGGACUCUGAGAAGAGCCGCAAGGCCUAUGAGGAGGACGUUCACGUGUCAGUCUGGCGCUCAAGGGACAACUUGCGAGACAUGAUGCUUCUGGAAACGCUUCACUUUGCACAUCAAAGGACAGUGUGGGACAGGAGAGUAGAUGUCUAUGUCUGUGUCCUGGACAGUUGGACAAGGACCAUGUUUAAACAUGCUCCUUUAUUGGUGUGUGUGUGUGUGUGUGUGUGU